GUCAUUUCUAGGGUUUCUCUAUAAGAAUCAUUUGGUUCUUAGGGUUUGUAGUGUUACCGGAAGUACCACUACACACAAGAUGAAUCACCUGUUCAGGAAGUCAUUUUCGAUCGCUUCCUUGGCGUCGAAGCACACUCGAACUGCUUUGAUAUCUGUAGAGUCAUUACGUUUUUCUUCAGCUGCAAUAGCUACUGAAAAUGUUAAAUAUGUGGUGUAUUGCGGUGAAAUUCGUUCAUCUUCGUGUUCUGAGUUGCCGGUGAAGCAAGAGUUUGGUUUGGGUGUUUUUAGAGGUAUUCAUUCCUCGGCUGCUCCUUUGGCAUUUAGAGCUUCAAUAGCUGCAAGAGCGGAGUAUGCUGCGGUUGAUGAUUUCUUUGAUGAGGAGAGGUCUUCGGGGAAGAAGGUUGGUGGAGAGAACGACGAGGGGCUUGAGAUUGCGAAGCUGGGGAUUGCUCCUGAGAUUGUUUCUGCUCUUGCAAAGAAAGGAAUUAUGAAGCUCUUUCCGAUUCAGAAAGCUGUAUUGGAACCAGCAAUGCAAGGCCGUGAUAUGAUUGGUCGGGCUAGAACAGGAACAGGGAAGACUCUAGCUUUCGGGAUUCCCAUUAUGGAUAAAAUAAUUCAGUUCAAUGCUAAGCAUGGACGCGGAAGAAAUCCUUUGGCCUUGGUAUUGGCUCCAACGAGAGAGCUUGCUAGGCAAGUUGAGAAGGAAUUCCAUGAAUCUGCCCCUAAUUUGGAUACACUCUGUGUUUAUGGAGGUGUGCCAAUAUCACACCAAAUGAACACUCUUGAUCAUGGUGUUGAUGUCAUUGUUGGCACACCUGGUCGCAUUAUUGAUCUGCUUAAGAGAGGUGCCUUAAAUUUGUCAGAGGUUCAGUUUAUUGUUCUUGAUGAGGCGGAUCAGAUGCUUGCCGUGGGCUUUGAUGAGGAUGUUGAAGAAAUAUUACAGAAAUUACCCAAGAAGCGUCAGAGCAUGAUGUUCUCAGCCACCAUGCCAACCUGGAUAAGAAAGCUUACCCAAAAGUAUCUGAAGGACCCGCUAACUAUUGAUCUUGUAGGAGAUUCUGAUCAGAAGUUGGCAGAUGGUAUUACUCUAUAUUCAAUUGUGUCAGACAUGUAUGGGAAGGCAUCAAUUAUUGGUCCCUUGAUAACGGAACAUGCAAAAGGAGGAAAAAGUAUUGUUUUCACACAAACUAAACGUGACGCUGAUCGUUUGGCAUAUUCUAUGAGCCGCAGUCUUAGUUGUGAGGCUUUGCAUGGUGAUAUCUCACAAAAUCAGAGGGAAAGGACACUUGCUGGCUUUAGGGAUGGGCGCUUUAAUAUCUUAGUUGCCACUGAUGUUGCUGCCCGUGGACUUGAUGUACCUAAUGUUGAUCUGGUGAUACAUUAUGAGCUCCCAAGUACUUCGGAGAUCUUUGUUCAUAGAUCUGGCCGAACUGGACGUGCUGGAAAGAAGGGAAGUGCUAUUCUAAUUCACACGGAUCAGCAGCUGAGAUCUGUCAGAAUGAUAGAGCGGGAUGUGGGAUCCAAGUUUAAAGAGCUUCCCAAGAUUGCUGUUGAGGCUGGAGACAGGGAUACGUUCAGUGAGAUGGGUGGUGGUGGUCGAUAUGGCUCUUAUGGAAGUUCAGGUGGUGGUCGAUUUGGUGACUCUGGUUUCGGUCGUUCGGGUGGUUCUGGAUAUGGCCGUUCCAGUAGCUAUGGUGGUUCAUCAUCUGCUCGUGUGGGUGGUUAUGGUGAGUCGGGUUCUGGUCGUUUCGGUUCUUUUGGUGGAUCAGGUUCAGGUCGAUCUGGUGGUGGAGGUGGUUCUAGCUUUGGCCGUUCCAGUGGUUCAGGUCGUUCUAGCGAUUUUGGUGGAUCAGGUCGUUCGAGUGGAUUUGGGGAUUUUAGUCGUUCAAGUGGAUUUGGUGGCUCCAGCUCUAGACGUUUUGGAGGCUUGAGUGAUGGUACUCUUGAUGGUGAUUGGAAGCCUGCAAGGAAUUCAUUUUAACUUAUUGGAGAUUCUGUGAUGGCCAUGAAUUGAAAGAAGGAUUCAGAGAGAGAGAGAGAGGGGCAGCAAAACCUCAAGAUUUUUUUGUGAAGAUCUGGCUUUUAAAUUGGAUUACAAGGGUUUGUUGGUGAUAUCUUGUUCUCAUCCUAUCAAGGGAACGCAAGUGACUAGAUUUAUAGUUGAGUUCAAGCUUUUGGUUCAAUUUACUGGUAAUGUUAGAUUCUUAUAUCGAAGAGAUUAUUCUUGAUUGUAUUCUAUAUCAAUUCCCAAGUGUCAAAAUUUUUAAUAUUCUAAUCACAUCCCGUGUAAAUUACGUUACUUCUACAGCAUAAUAUUUCUUGGGCUCUUUAUCACGUCUCCUCGUUGAUACUAUUUCUAGUUACAAAUGGUUUGAA